AUGAAAUGGUUGCUUAGAUAUGUGAAGCAAACUUUGAAUGAGGGAUUGAUUUACAAAGGUAAUCAAGAGAGUGUUGAGCUCAAUGGUUAUUUAGAUUCAGAUUAUGCAGGAGAUAGGGACAAGAGAAGGUCCAUUUCAGCUUAUGCAUUUACUUUGUGUGGAAAUUGCAUAAGUUGGAAAUCACAAUUACAACCAGUUGUGGCUUUGUCCACAACAGAGGCUGAGUAUAUAGCAGCUACUGAAGUUGCCAAGGAAGCAAUUUGGCUUAAAGGAUUGCUAAUGGAGUUGAAGGUACUUGAUGGGGAGGUUGUUUUAUACUCUGACAGCCAGAGUAAAUUCACUUAUGCAAGAAUUCUGUCUUCCAUGAGAGGUCCUGCCCUUGAGCAAGUUCAAUGCCUGCAAAAGCUUGCUCAGAGUAGGAGCAGGCUGAAUUUGGUGAGAGUUGAUGAUUGCUGGGAUGGUGUUGUUAGUUUCUGCAUUUGGUGA